AUGAGGUUGUCCCUGAGUAGCGUGGCAGGAGACAGCUGGAGGGUGGCACAGCAGGGAGAAGGGAAUUACGAGAGGCUACUGAAAUUGACGACAUAUGUAGCUAGCGCCGAGGAGGCUGGAGCCAGAAUGGCAAUGACAACAGACGCCACGGGAGCGGAUAGUGCAAGCGCCACGGGUGAGGUGGGCAUAGACGUUGUUGGUGUGGGCGUCGUCAAUGCAGGAGUAGGCACUGUGGGCGUGGACACCGCGGAGACCACGAGCGCUGGUCUGGGUGAUUCACGCGAGGGCACCUGA